UGGGCCUGCUUCCGGGCCGGUGAGGAAGGCAAAGGGCAGCUUGGGUUGCCAAUCUCAGCCGGACGGGCCUCCCACUCCGCCUCCAAUCCCGCGGGAGAGUGGGUGGGGCCCUCCUCCUCCCUGUCGCUGAGUCCGGCCAAGAGAGAGAGAGAGAGAGAGAAGGAGCAAACAAGGGAGGAGGAACGACGCCAGAACCUGGGCAGCAGCAGCAGAGCCAUGGAUGCUCUUGUUACGUACAGAGAGAUCUUCCUGCAGUAUUUAAACAAGAUCAGAAAUGUUGUGAAUGAAAAGAGUGCUGGGACCGAACCAUGGCAAUUGAUAGCAACAACAAUGGCCGCUACUCUGUUGCUUGUUUGGCUACACACAUUCCUCUUCCAACCAGAAAGUUUGACAUCACGAUUUAAAAAACGGUUCUUCAGAUUUCUACGGAAACUGCCUUUCAUUGGUACCGAGAUACAGAAACAAAUGAGCAAGACUAUGGACGAUAUGGCUUCGGGUUUGUCAUUCUUGCAAGACCAAAGGGGUUACAUCAAAACCUUGCCAGCAAAAGGCCUGAGUCAACCCGAGGUGUUGAAAAUGAUGAAAGAAUACAAUGCUAUGGGUGACGUCCAUUGGGAAGAUGGCAAAGUAUCUGGGACAGUGUAUAGUGGAGAAGAGAAACUCACCAAUCUGCUUGUUAAGGUUUAUCAGGAGUUUGCAUGGAGUAACCCUCUUCAUCCAGAUAUCUUCCCAGGCUUGAGGAAGAUGGAAGCAGAGGUGGUGAGAAUGGCUUGCACGCUCUUCCAUGGUGGACCCAAUUCUUGUGGAACGAUGACCUCUGGUGGGACAGAAAGCAUAUUGAUGGCCUGUAAAGCUUACAGAAACAUGGCGUAUGAAAAAGGAAUCAAGUACCCAGAAAUGCUCGUUCCCCAAAGUGUGCAUGCUGCGUUCGAUAAAGCUGCUCAUUAUUUUGGGAUGAAGAUUGUGCACAUUCCAUUGACAAAAUCUAUGCAAGUGGAUGUUAAGGCAAUGAAGAGAGCCAUUUCCAAGAAUACGGCCAUGUUGGUCUGUUCAGCACCCAAUUUUCCUCAUGGGGUCAUGGAUCCUAUCGAGGAAGUAGCAGAGCUUGCAGUGAAAUAUGACAUUCCCUUCCAUGUGGAUGCCUGUCUUGGAGGCUUUCUCAUUGUCUUUAUGGAGAAAGCAGGGUUCCCUCUAAAGCAUCCUUUUGAUUUCCAAGUGGAGGGUGUCACCAGUAUUUCUGCAGAUACCCACAAGUAUGGUUAUGCUCCAAAGGGCUCUUCUGUAAUACUGUACAGAGACACAAAAUACCGGCACCAUCAGUUUUUUAUCGCUCCUGACUGGCAAGGAGGGAUCUAUGCCUCCCCUACCAUAGCGGGUUCCAGGCCUGGUGGCCUCAUUGCAGCUUGCUGGGCAACAAUGAUCCACAUAGGAGAAGACGGUUAUGUGGAGGCCACGCAGAAAAUAAUUUCAACAGCACGGUACCUUGAAUCAGAGUUGAGGAAAAUUGACAACAUCUUCAUUUUUGGAAACCCUGAAAUAUGUGUCCUUGCUUUGGGAUCUGACACAUUUGACAUAUAUCAGUUAUCAAACUUGUUAUUAACUAAAGGAUGGAACCUGAACAUUCUGCAGUUCCCACCAAGUAUUCAUAUUUGCUUAACGCUCCUGCACACGAAGCCUGGAGUGGCAGAACAACUCUUGAAGGAUAUCAGAGAAUGCAUCAAGGAGAUCAUGAAGGACCCCAAAGCCAAGACUACUGGAAUGGGUGCUAUCUAUGGCAUGGCACAAACCAUCCCCGACCGAAGCAUGAUUUCAGAGAUCGCCGGGGGUUACUUGGAUUGCCUAUACUGCACAGACGUUCCUUCAUCGGCAGAUGCACAAAUGAAUGGCUCUCCAGGCCACCAUUGAUUCUGGCAUGACUAUUCUUCAGUGGCUAAGUGGCAUUCUAAAGAUAUCUAGGGAAAGUCAAACACAACUUGGAAGACGUUCUUCCCGCAAGUACAGGGCACAUGGCAGCUUUGAUCAUCUGUUUCAUAAAAUCCCACUUGCUUCCUAGGAUAAGCACAGACAUCUUUGUAACUUUUCCUUGGCUUUGAUAUCUUUCUAACACUAACUCUUUGUAUUCCUUUGUUCUGGUUGGUCCUCAGAAAAGUAGCUAUAUUUUCUAGUUAAAGCAAGUCAUUCCAUCACUGCUCAGGUCUUUAAAAUCUG